AUGACGCGCAUAGACGUGGAAAAGGUCCUGGAGGAGCUCACGCUCGGCGAGAAGGUGGCUCUCACAGCGGGCAUUGACUUCUGGCAUACUGCCUCUGUGCCCCGAUUGAACAUCCCCUCCCUCCGCAUGUCCGACGGACCCAAUGGCGUGCGGGGCACCCGCUUUUUCAACGGCGUUCCUGCCGCCUGCUUUCCGUGCGCCACCGCGCUCGGGGCCACCUGGGACACGGAGCUUCUGCACCAAGUCGGACGGCUUAUGGGCGAGGAGGCUAUUGCCAAAGGAUCGCACAUCAUUCUUGGGCCGACCAUCAACAUCCAGCGCUCCCCGCUGGGCGGUCGCGGCUUUGAGUCCUACGCCGAGGAUGGAGUCCUGUCGGGGACGCUGGCGGGCCACUACUGUCGGGGUGUACAGGAGAAGGGAGUCGCGGCGACGCUGAAGCACUUUGUCUGCAAUGACCAGGAGCAUGAGCGUCUGGCGGUCGACACGAUCAUCACGGACCGCGCCUUGCGGGAGAUCUACCUCCUGCCCUUCCAGUUGGCUAUGCGUAUCUGUCAGCCCGCUUGUGUCAUGACUGCAUACAACAAGGUCAAUGGAACACAUGUGAGCGAGAACAAGAAGAUCAUCACAGAUAUCUUGCGAGAGGAGUGGGGGUGGGAUGGCUUGGUGAUGAGCGAUUGGUUUGGAACCUAUAGCACCUCUGACGCGAUCAAUGCGGGCUUAGAUCUGGAGAUGCCGGGCAAGACACGCUGGCGUGGAACGGCCCUGGCACACGCCAUCUCCUCCAACAAAGUCGCCGAGUUCGUCAUGGAUGAGCGCGUACGCAAUGUGCUCAACCUGGUCAACUGGGUUGAACCGCUCGGGAUCCCCGAGCACGCCGAGGAGAAGGCUUUGAACCGCCCGGAGGACCAGGCGCUACUCCGACGGGCAGCGUCGGAGUCGGUGGUGCUCAUGAAGAACGAGGAGAACAUUCUGCCUCUGAAGAAGGAGAAGUCGAUUCUCGUGAUCGGGCCCAAUGCUAAAUUCGCGGCCUACUGCGGAGGCGGCUCGGCCUCGUUGGACUCCUACUACACGGUGACUCCAUUUGAGGGCGUUUCUGCCAAGAGCCAGGGCCCCGUGGCAUUCGCCCAGGGCGUCUACUCCCACAAGGAGCUGCCCCUGCUGGGUCCGUUACUCAAGACCGAAGAUGGCAAGACGGGCUUCAAGUUCCGGGUCUACAACGAGCCCGCCUCCGAGUCCAACCGCACGCUGGUCGACGAGCUGCACCUGGUCUCCUCCAGUGGCUUCCUGAUGGACUACGUCAACCCCAAGAUCAAAUCGUUUACAUUCUACGUGGACAUGGAAGGCUACUUCACCCCGGAGGAGGACGGCGUCUACGACUUUGGCGUGACCGUGGUCGGGACGGGCAAGCUCUACGUUGACGGCGAGGUCGUCGUCGACAACACCCAGAACCAGCGGCAGGGCACCGCCUUCUUCGGCAACGCCACCGUGGAAGAACGGGGCUCCAAGGCGCUCAAAGCCGGACAGACCUACCGCAUCCUCCUCGAGUUCGGCAGCGCGCCCACCUCCGAUCUGGACAUGCGCGGCGUCGUGAUCUUCGGGCCCGGCGGAUUCCGCUUCGGCGCCUGCCGCCAGAUCACCCAGGAGGAGCUCAUCUCGCAGGCGGUGCGCCUCGCCGCGAGCGCCGAGCAGGUCGUCAUCUUCGCCGGCCUGACCAGCGAGUGGGAGACCGAAGGCCACGACCGCGACCACAUGGACCUGCCGCCCGGCAGCGACGAGAUGAUCUCGCGUGUGGUCGACGCCCACCCCAACGCCGUCGUCGUCCUCCAGAGCGGCACCCCGGUCACCAUGCCGUGGGUGCACAAGACCAAGGGCCUCCUGCACGCCUGGUUCGGCGGCAACGAGUGCGGCAACGGCAUCGCCGACGUGCUGUACGGCGACGUCAACCCCGCCGCCAAGCUGCCCGUCUCCUUCCCCGUCCGCCUGCAGGACAACCCCAGCUACCUCAACUUCCGCUCCGAGCGCGGCCGCGUGCUGUACGGCGAGGACGUCUACGUCGGCUACCGCUACUACGAGAAGCUCGACCUCCCCCCGUUGUUCCCCUUCGGCCACGGCCUGUCCUACACCACCUUCGACCGCCAGAACCUGCGCGUCACCACCGUUCCCGAGCAGCUGGCCUGCACCGCCGACGCCGCGCCCGAGCCCGUCUCCGUGACUGUCAGUGUCACCAACACCGGCCCCCUGCCCGGCGCCGAGAUCGUGCAGCUGUGGGUCCGCCCGCCCCCGACCGGGGUCAACCGGCCCAAGCGCGAGCUGAAGGGCUUCACUAAGGUGAUGCUGCAGCCGGGGGAGACCCGGGCGGUCGAGAUCGCGGUCGAGAAGAAGUUGGCUACGAGCUGGUGGGACGAGCAGCGGGGGAAGUGGGCGUCGGAGAGCGGGGUGUAUGAGGUGCAGGUGACGGGGACGGGUGAGGGGGUGUUGAAGGGCGAGUUUACGGUGGAAAAGACGCGGUACUGGUUGGGUUUGUAA